GCACCGGCGCCGCCGCAUUAUAAAUACUUCUCCAAAAUGCGGCGCAGCUCCCUGCGCGCGCCCCGGCCGCCCGCCGCCUCCGCCCCGCGCCCCUGAGCCGCCGCCGCCGCCGCCGCCGCCGCCGCUGCCGCCGCCGCCGCCGCCGCCGCGGGUCCGAGGGCGCCGCGCCCUUGCCCUGGGCCCGGCCGUGCCCGCCUUCGCCCGGCCGCGUCCCCGCGCCGCUCCGCCCGGCCGGGUGCAUGCAUUGUGGGCCUCCCGACAUGGUCUGCGAGACGAAGAUCGUGGCCGCCGAGGACCAUGAGGCGCUGCCGGGGGCCAAGAAGGACGCGCUGCUCGCCGCCGCCGGCGCCAUGUGGCCCCCGCUGCCCGCCGCGCCCGGGCCGGCCGCCGCGCCCCCCGCGCCCCCACCCGCCCCGGCAGCUCAGCCUCGCGGCGGGGCGGGGGGCGCGGGGCCGCCCGGGGGGCGCGGCGUGUGCAUCCGCGAGUUCCGCGCGGCCGAGCAGGAGGCGGCGCGCCGCAUCUUCUACGACGGCAUCAUGGAGCGCAUCCCCAACACGGCCUUCCGCGGCCUGCGGCAGCACCCGCGUGCGCAGCUGCUCUACGCCCUGCUGGCGGCGCUGUGCUUCGCCCUGAGCCGCUCGCUGCUGCUGACGUGCCUGGUGCCCGCCGCGCUGCUGGGCCUGCGGUACUACUACAGCCGCAAGGUGAUCCGCGCCUACCUGGAGUGCGCGCUGCACACGGACAUGGCGGACAUCGAGCAGUACUACAUGAAGCCGCCCGGCUCCUGCUUCUGGGUGGCUGUGCUGGAUGGCAACGUGGUGGGCAUUGUGGCCGCACGGGCCCACGAGGAGGACAACACACUGGAGCUGCUGCGGAUGUCUGUGGACUCGCGCUUCCGUGGCAAGGGCAUUGCCAAGGCGCUGGGCCGGAAGGUGCUGGAGUUCGCCGUGGUGCACAACUACUCGGCGGUGGUGCUGGGCACGACGGCUGUCAAGGUGGCUGCCCACAAGCUCUACGAGUCUCUGGGCUUCAGACACAUGGGCGCCAGUGACCACUACGUGCUGCCCGGCAUGACCCUCUCGCUGGCCGAGCGCCUCUUCUUCCAGGUCCGCUACCACCGCUACCGCCUGCAACUGCGCGAGGAGUGACCGCCGCCGCUCACCUGCCCGCCACCCCGGCCACCCUACCCGCCUGCCCGCCUGCCCGCCGCCCGCCGCCCGGCGCGGCUGCUUUCAGACGCUCACCUUGGCGUUUGUGUUGGGUUUUCCCUCUUCAACAUCCUGCGGUUCUCUGGCUGGUUCUGAGGGGUGCGGGGCUGCUGCUCUUCCGCGAUACUUCGGUGGGGGGGGUUUGUUCGUCGCCACCGCCCCUCGCCCUUCCCCGCCCACCCGGGCAACUUGCCACGCCUUGAAGAGUGGCAUCUUGGACCAUCGCGGCUGUCCUGGAAGCUGCCCUGCCCGCUGCCACUGGGGGAGGCCCAGCCUUGCUCACCAAGCACAGAACCUCUGCGACAGAGCCCCGGGCUAGGCUCCGGCCCUGCCAGCGGCCCGGCGCCACUGCCCGUGGAGGCCCGAGCUGGCCACGGCACUGCUUUGCUCCGCGCAUGCCGAGGGUGUGGCCCGGACCAGCAUGCCGCAUGCACACAGCCCUGCCCUGCCGCCCUGCUCAGACUGGACCCGGAGACCCGGGCCGGUGAGCACCUCUGUCCCCAGCCCGGAGCUGGCCAUGGGAGGGCCUGCCCCUGCCCCAACCCCGUGGAGGGCCUGGUCUGCCCCAUGCUGCCCGGCUCUGUCCUCGUCUGCUUUGCUCUGACAUCUCAAUGCCUUCCUUUCCUCUGGCUCCGGCCCCUCCCUUGCCUGGGUUUGGCUGGCUGGCGUCAUCACCCAGGUGGCUCCCAUGGCAUCCGUGGCACAGCCAGGGUGGGGGUCCAAGGGACCCGUCUCCCCACUGCCCACUGGAUCGCGGUGGCCUCUCCCUGAUGUCCCCAGGGACCUCGUGCCUCUGGCUGAUGGUCCACCCUGUGAAUCUUACCAGCCCAGGCCGCUGCCUACAGCGCCCAGCCCACAGCUUCUCCCAGCCUGAAACCAACCCGUUUUCUAAUAAGUUAUUUAGACAGAAUAGCACUCUGCAUGACUUUAAUUCUUGGGACAAAACGGUAGUUUGUACCCUAAGACAGUUUCUGGCCCAGUGUGAUGGGGGUGGGUGGCCGGGUGGGUGGAGUGUUUUGCAGUUGGAAAUCUGGAGGGAGACCCUGAUUUGGUGUCAUUUUCCUCCACGGAGCAUGCCUCCCAGCCCUGGCCUGCAGGGUGGGCAGGGCAGGGGGCUAGGGAGCCCACAGCCUCCAGGAGGAGGGGCAGGGUGCUGUCGGGCUGGGUGGGAAGAGGGGUGGCCGCCUCAGCUCCCACUGGUUGUGCUCCUGGUCUCUCCUUCCUGAGGUCACAGGCAGGGGCUUCCCUGGGCGGGGGACGGCCUGGAAAGGGAGACAGAGGCAGAGGGUGCUGCACAUCCAGCCUAGAGGUGGCAGGAGGAGAAUAAAGCCUUGCCCGGACCCUUCUGUGGGGAAUUGGGGAGGGGUGCUGCAGGCAGGGUGGGCCACAGAGCUGGGUCCCAGGCACCAAGGCCACGUGCAGGGCCACGGAGGGACCGUCUUCACGAGGCGCUUCAGAAGUAAGCAAAGGGAUGGAGAAUCCCGUGUCCAAGGGCCUUUUGUCCUGUUCGCAGUUGAGGUGUGCAGAGCCCUGUACAGACCCUCCCCGUGCACUCCUCCCUGGAGGGCCUGGCUCCCGCUCGGGGUUGGGAGUUUUGUAGACUGUACAGAAAUCGGCGCCCUAUUUUCUUGCAGCUCAGAUUUUGUUAAUCUGGAAUAUACAGACAGACGUAAAGUGUUUUAGCAAAAUGGAAACAAACAGUUGUGCCUUUUUCCUCUUUUGGUUUGGGUUUGGCCUUGGGCUGGUCCCGGUUGGUGCGGGGCAUGCUGGGGGCAGGAAGGGCAGGGUGGACCAGGUGGAGUCAGGUCAUAGGGGUGUCCUGUCGGGGUGCCGCCAGCUUCCCUGGGUCCUGUGCCUUUGGAGCCUCAGGCUCCUGGGAUGCAGGGCACAUGGGGGUGGCUGUCGGAGCCCACUGAUGCCAGGGCAGGGCCUGGAGGCCCAGAGACUGCCAGUGUCCCCUUGACAUUGACCUGAGCUGGGUUCACUGCAGAUCUUCCUCCUGGGGGUUGGUUAUGAGAGCCCUGGGCGGUGUGGCCCUCUCCCAUACUGGUGGCACCUGUGACCUGGCUGCACUGCCCUGUGGGUGGUGGGAUGCUUGGCCUUUCUUUGCUGCCAGGAUUUGGUAGAGGUGCCAGGAAGGGUGUAUGGGGUGCUCUGAGGUGAGCAGAGGCACCGGUGUGCCUGUCAGGCUGGGGUGGAGCUGCCUGGAGCCCUCACCAGGCCAGUGUGCAGCUCAGUGGGGCCCUUGAAGGCCAGUGGGGGGCACAUCUGUCCUCCCCCGGGCUGGAGGCCAGGUGCCCUCAUGGGUGGGCCUGCCCUGGCCCGCCUCAUCCCUCCAGCCAGGGAUUUCACUGCUCUGCACAUGUGCACUGAUGUGAAUUUUAUACGUUUGUAGAAAUUCUGAUGUAACUUCUUCUACCUCUGAAGUGCCCUCCUGGGCCUUGCUGUCACAUGGUUAGUGCGGCUUCCCUGAGUGUCUGCCCCUGCCCACUUGGCGUGGGUGCCCACCACUCAGACUCUGUGUGGCAAAGCCCGGGGAAAGCCAGCCUGGGGCUGGGCACUGCUCCAGGGGCUCCUGGGGUUUCUGUGUGUUUGGAAGCCUGUUUUUGUUGUGGAGAGGAUGGAAGGCAGGAGAGGCUGGCGGUGCCCAAGGCCAGAGCUGGGUCAAGAACAUCCUCGAUGGAUGAGCAGCACAGGCCUAACGAAGCUCUGGGCAGCUGAGGGCCAUGGCACCUGGGGAUGCCCUGCACUGCCCAGUGCCAGGGGGUCUUGCUCAGCAGGGUGGGCUGGCCCUGGGCAGCUCACACCGCUCAGGUGCGAGUGGCUGCAGACCUGGCCCCUGAGAGUGGGAGGCCUGCAUGUGCCAAAGCUGCCAUGCGGUUUGGCCCCCAGAAGGGCUCCUGAGCAUAGGGAGUUGAGCCCCACAGGCCUGGCGAUGUCUCCCCCUCCUUCCUCUGCCGAGCCUUGCUUCCUGCUGGUGUCGCACUCUGGGGCUGGGCAGCAGCUGAGAAGCUGCCCCUAGAGGGAGGGGCCGAGGGCUGGGUCAGUCUGUCCCAACUGGUGGACAGUGGGGAAGGGUUGGCCUGGUAGGCCCUGUGGACAGCAGACCUGAGGACACUCCCUUCCUGCUCUGGGUGUCCUCUGAGAAGGUGGCAGAAGGCUGCAGGCACCAGAGGAGAGGGCAUGGGGAUGCCUUGAGCUCCCUGGCUGUAUGGCAGGUGGAGGAAGCUCUCUGGGCCGUAAGAGUCUGGCCCACCUGCCCCGGGGCACUAGGGCUGUGCCUGUGGUGUGAGGACAGGAACUGGGGUUCCUGGGCUCUGCUGGUGCCUGGGCUUUGUGGGGGCCAAAGGUGGCUGCCCCACUGGGCAGGGGACUGUGUGGGCCCUUGUGGGGUCACCUUCCUGUCAGAGCCCGAGGGACGGUGGGACAGAGUUGCCCCCAUGCUGAGGGAGCCCGCCGCCGUCCCCCGUGGGCUGGUGCUGCAGCUGUGCAUCCUGUCUGUUGCCUGCUGACCUGCUUGUGUCUGUUUGGAAGCUGCUUCUGUUUGGCCACAGGCCUGUGUUCCUGGGCUGGUGGCCACAGAGCUGAUACUGGGGUUUGAGUUCCAGACGGGGUGGACCCUGGAGUCCACUUAAUCUUCGGUGCCACAGCCCCUGUGCUCCCAGAGGUGGCGCGAUGCUGCCCGGGGCCACAGCUGGGUGAAGGAGGGCGAGCCGACAUACCAUUGUUGGAUGUAUUUUUUUAAACAGCAAUAAUUAGCCAUUUUAAAGAAGGGGUAUACCAGUGUGUGUGCACGUGUUUGAGCAUGUGUGCAUAUGUGUGAGCAUGUGUGCAAGUGUGUUCUUGCAUGUGUGGUGUGAGCAUGUGCAUGUGCAUGAGUGUGAGCGUGUAUACAUGUUUAAGCAUGGACAUGUGAGCAUGCAUGUGAAUGCACGUGUAUGGGCAUACAUGCUCAUGUGUACACGUGUGAACAUGCACGUGUGGAUGUACGUGUGUGGGUGUGUAUGCAUGAGUAUAUGUGUGUUCUUGGGUAUGAAUGAGCAUGUAUGUGUGUGAAUGCACAUGUGUAUGUGUGUACAAAUUGUGUGUGAAUGUUCAUCUGUAUGUGUACAUGUGUAUGAAUGUACAUGUGUAUGGAUGUACAUGUGUACACAUGAGCAUGCACGUGUGUAUGAAUGUACAUGUAUAUGUGUGUAUGGACAUAUAUGUGCACACAUGUGUAUAAAUGUACAUGUAUGAAAGUACCUGUAUGUACAUGUGUAUACAUGAGCACGCACAUGUGUACAUGUAUGAAUGUACAUCUAUGAAUGCACGUGUGUAUGAAUGUACUAUGUGUAUGAAUGCACGUGUGUAUGAAUGUACACGUGUGAAUGGAUGUAUGUACACAUGAGCAUGCACGUGUGUACAUGUGUACGCAUGAGCAUGGAUGCCUGUGUGAUGCAGGUGUGUAUUCUGAGGGGCACAUGUGUGUGAAUGUACGCAUGCAUAGGGUGUACGUGUGUGUACUCGUGUGUGGGCAUGUAUGUACUCGUGUAUGUGUUCUGGUGUGUGGGUGAGCAUGCACAUGUGCAUGGAUGUAGGUGUGAGCUGUACAGAGUAUGUGUGUUCCAUGAGCAUGUGGUGUGUAUGAGUGUCUGUGUGUGUACUUCCAUAUAUGUGGCUGUGCAGGUAUCGGUGGUGGGGGGCUGGCAGUGCCUGGGGAAGCAGGUUCCUCCCCACCGCUUCCCUGCUGGGCCCCCAGCCCCAGGCCAAGCCUCCCUGGCCCCUCUUGCCCCUCAGUGGGGCAGGGCCUCAGUGGGGGGCCUGAGCAGCUCCAGGGAGGCCAGGCUGGGGGAGCACAGGGGUGGGGUUCACCUGCUGCUGUUUGUUCCCGAAACUGUACUGUGAGCCCACGGCGGGGGCAGACUGUCCUGAGGCCCCAGAUGUGCCAAAACAGCCCCUAGGGUGGGGGCGAGCGAGUUCUGAGGAGAGGGGCUGUGGGGGCCUGGGGUGGGUGUGCACCCCUCCCCUGAAUGGCUCCCAAUGCUGCUGUUUUUCAAUAAAACCAGAGUUGAAGGCA